UUCAUGAAUUAUUUCUCACUGAUUUGUUUUCCAGGCAUUAAGACGUCUCAAGCUAGAGGUUAAAACACAAAGAGAAGAAACUGUGAUGCUGCGUAAAGCUCUGCAGGAGUGUGAAGCCUGUAAGAUAAAGAAACCUGAAUGUUCUGAUAUCCCUUAUCCAUGCUUUGAAGGACCACCUAGAGUGGACUGCAGGGAUACUAUAGAAGGUCCAAGGUGUGGUAGUUGUCCUCCAGGAUAUAAGGGAGACGGUAGGUUCUGUGAGAGAGAUGCCUGCGGAGCUGAACCUUGUUAUGAGGGUGUAUCCUGCUAUCCUAUAUCUGAUCAACCAUUCUAUAAAUGUGGGCCCUGUCCCCAGGGGUAUAGAGGGGACGGAUUGACCUGUGUUCCAGAUAUCUGUCAGCGAACUCCAUCUCCGUGCUACAGAGAUGUUGAAUGCUUUAAUAUAGAACGACCUCCUUUCUACAGAUGUGGACCCUGUCCUCAUGGAUUGACCGGAAACGGAACUAGCUGCUCUGAUCUGGAUGAAUGUGAUCUGGCAGAUCCAUGUGAUGUGUCAGCAACAUGCUAUAAUCUUAUGCCAGGGUUUAGAUGUGGUCCGUGUCCACCCGGAUACACAGGUAGCACUGGGUUUACCGGAGUCGGGUUAGAUUUUGCAGCUCGUCAAAGACAGGUUUGCUAUGAUAUAAACGAAUGUGAGAUUAACAAUGGAGGUUGUGUGGAGAACUCAGUGUGUGUAAACACGGAUGGAUCCUUCUACUGUGGACCCUGUAUAGCAGGUUAUGUUGGGAAUCAGAAUAUCGGGUGUAACAACCGACCUGGCAUCUGUCCGGAUGGAACUGAGUGUGAUGAGAAUGCUGAUUGUAUCAAACCUUUAGGUAAGAGCUACUAUGUGUGUAAGUGUAAGAUCGGAUGGGCAGGAGACGGAAAACUGUGUGGGCCAGAUAGAGAUCUGGACGGAUGGCCAGACUAUGAUCUCCCGUGUCAGGACACUAAAUGUCGGAUGGACAGCUGUAUUGAUACCCCCAACUCUGGGCAGGAAGACAGUGAUGGAGACGGGAUCGGAGAUGCUUGUGAUGAUGAUGCUGAUAACGACGGUAUACCAAAUACUCCAGAUAACUGUCCCUUGGUUGCCAACCCUGAUCAGUCGGAUACAGACCCUGAAGGGACGGAUAUGAGAGGAGAUGCUUGUGAUAACUGUCCCUUCCUUCCCAACUUGGAUCAAGAGGACACAGACAAGGACGGGUUGGGAGAUGCUUGUGAUCCAGACAAGGAUAAUGACGGUAUCCUGAACGAAAGGGAUAACUGUCCCCUUGUCUUUAACGAGGAUCAGAUUGACACUGACGGAGACGGACUUGGAGAUGCGUGUGAUAAUUGUCCGAAGGUUCGUAAUCCUGAUCAAUCAGAUCGCGACGAGGAUACAUACGGAGAUGUCUGUGAUACUAAUGAUGAUAAGGAUCGGGACGGAAUACCGGAUCCGAUGGAUAACUGCCCAGAUGUUCCCAACGCUCCCCAGCAUGACAUGGAUGAGGAUGGAAUGGGAGAUGAAUGUGACUCGGAUGCAGACAAUGAUGGUAUUCCGAAUGAGAAGGAUAACUGCUGGCUCCAGUAUAAUCCCCAGCAGCUGGAUACGGACGGGAACGGUAAGGGAGAUAUUUGCCAGGAAGAUGAGGACGGAGAUAAUAUCACCGAUUUCUAUGAUAACUGUCCCAACAACAGUAAAAUUUACGCCACAGAUUUCCGAACCUAUCAGACUGUGGUUCUGGAUCCACAUGGAGAUUCUCAGAUUGAUCCGAACUGGGUCAUUUACAAUAAGGGUGCUGAGAUUGUUCAGACCAUGAACUCUGAUCCUGGAUUAGCGGUCGGGUUCCACAGGUUUGGAGGAGUUGACUUUGAGGGAACAUUCUUCGUUGAUACAGAGAUAGAUGACGAUUACGUUGGAUUCAUUUUCAGCUAUCAAGACAAUAAUCAGUUCUAUACUGUUAUGUGGAAGAAGAAUACUCAAACAUAUUGGCAGGCAACUCCAUUCAGAGCAGUUGCAGAACCCGGGAUCCAGCUUAAACUGGUUCAAUCAGAGUCAGGACCAGGUCAAAUGAUGAGGAAUUCUCUAUGGCAUACUGGGAAUACAGAUAGACAGGUUAAACUGCUGUGGAAGGAUCCCAGGAAUGUUGGUUGGAGAGAGAAGGUUGCAUACAGAUGGCUUCUCCUGCAUAGACCUAAAAUAGGACUCAUCAGACUCAGAAUAUUUGAGGGAGAUAAGAUGGUGGCUGAUUCUGGAAACGUAUUUGACGGAACCUUGAAGGGAGGAAGGUUGGGAGUAUUCUGUUUCUCUCAGGAGAUGAUUAUCUGGUCCGAUCUGGUGUAUCGAUGUAAUGAUCAUGUUCCUGAAGCAGUUUAUCGAGAACUUCCUCGACACAUUCAGGAUCAGGUUGAGAUAGAUACGUCCCGUCCUCCAGCUCCUCCCAGAUCUAAGAGAGAAGACGGAGAACUAUGAGAAAACUAAUUUAUAACUCAUCCCAUCAACGCUUUGUAAUAUAUUUUUAGAUAAUCUUUAAUGUAAAAAAAUAGUUUCUCUCUUCUUCCUUUUUUACAAAACAUUUAUAAACAUGUGAAAUAAUUAUU